AAUGUCAAAUAAUGACAAAUAGAAGAAAUUGGAGGUUAUAGACGUGAGAUUCGUAAUGUUUAUGUUGCAUUCUAUUCGGUAAACAUCCAACAUUGAGACAAAUGGAAGUUCUCGAGGGAUCAGAAUCUACGACCGGUGGCUUGGUUACUAAGAAAGACGCCAAAGCUCCUACGUUUAAGGUUCCAAAACCGUCUCUCUUCGGAUUGGACAGACUAGCAGCUCAAAAACGUAAAGAACGCGAAGAUUCAAAACGAUUAAUAUCGUUCAAAGACACUGAAUACGAUGAUGAAGGUGCUCCAGUUACUCCGAAAGGUGAAUCACAAUUUAAAACACCAGACUUAAGUAGCAGUCAUAAGCUCAACCGACAGUACAGAGAGUUGAAAGAAGAAACCCCAACGCAUAGUGGUGGAGUAUCCGAUAAGGCUCGAAACCGCCUUAUCGAACAUCAAAGUAAAGACAAACGUGGAGUGUAUGUUUCGACGAAAGAGAGAAAACGUCGCAGCGAUGAUGAUGACCGUGACCGCAGACAUAAGGACCGAUAUCGUGAUAGAGAUAGGCACAGAGGUUAUGACCGCGAUAGCAAACGUAGUGACCGAAGGCAUCGUGGAGAUCGAGACUCGCAGAGGAGUUUUCACACGCCAAAAUUUAAAGAUGAACCCAGGACACCGAAAUUUCACUUGAAAGACACAACAUCCAGUACAUCUUGGGAUGACGAUGACGAAAAAUACCCCAUGAAGCGAUCUGCUUGGGAUUUCCCUACUCCGAAAGAUCCGUCGGCUGACCGAUCAGAAUGGUCCGUUAGGAGCAAUAGGAAAAUCAAGGAUAAACCUGAGGACGAUACACCUCGUACAUACACACCAGCCCAUAAAUUUAAUGCGUGGGCAAAUGAUCGUAAAAGAUCCGGAGCAACACCUCAAGUUGGCAAAGAACAGGAUCAGCCGUGGGGAAACGAAGAAGAGCGAGACAUGUGGGAAGAGGAACAACGCCGAUUGGAUCGUGAGUGGUACAAUAUCGACGAGGGUUAUGAUGACGACAACAAUCCGUUUACUGGGGGAAAUGCUGAAUAUUUCAAGAAGAGAGAGGAGCAACUGGAACAAAAGCGUAAGAAGCGAAUUUCUGCCCAGCAGCGACAAAUCAAUAAAGACAAUGAGUUGUGGGAAAGGAAUCGGAUGUUAACGUCUGGUGUUGUCAUGUCGAUCAACGUAAACGAAGAUUUUGACGAAGAGGCAACUGAACGAGUCCAUUUAUUAGUUCAUCACAUUGUUCCACCAUUUUUGGACGGACGAAUUGUUUUUACUAAACAACCAGAGCCGGUGAUUCCAGUUAAAGAUCCAACAUCCGAUAUGGCACUAAUAGCUAGAAAAGGAAGUGCACUCGUACGAGUAUUUCGAGAACAGAAGGAACGAAGAAAGGCACAAAAGAAGCAUUGGGAGCUUGGAGGAACGAAACUUGGUAACAUCAUGGGUGUUGAGAAAACUCGAGACGAUGAAGAUGAAAAAUUCGAUGCCGAACGUGAUGAGGCUGACUACAAGAAGGGCCAAAAGUUUGCUCAGCACAUGAUUGGCGAUAUGGAAAAAGGUUCCGACUUCUCACGAAAGAAAACUAUUCUAGAGCAGCGAAGAUUCUUGCCUGUUUUUGCCGUACGGCAGGAAUUGUUGAAUGUUAUACGAGAAAACUCAGUGGUCAUUAUUGUAGGUGAGACAGGAAGCGGCAAAACUACUCAGUUAACGCAAUACCUGCAUGAGGACGGUUACAGCAACUUCGGAAUGAUUGGAUGUACGCAACCCAGAAGAGUAGCCGCAAUGUCUGUGGCAAAGCGAGUAUCUGACGAAAUGGGAACGAAAUUAGGUGAAGAGAUCGGCUAUGCAAUUCGUUUUGAAGAUUGUACAUCCGAUAAAACGGUUAUUAAGUACAUGACCGACGGUAUCUUGCUUAGAGAGAGUUUACGUGAACCAGAUUUAGACAAUUAUUCGGCAAUUAUCAUGGAUGAGGCGCACGAACGUUCGCUGUCGACGGAUGUUUUGUUUGGAUUGUUGAGAGAGAUUGUAGCUCGCCGUCAUGAUCUGAAACUCAUCGUCACUUCAGCCACCAUGGACUCCACAAAGUUCGCUACAUUCUUCGGCAAUGUUCCAACUUUCACCAUACCCGGACGAACGUUUCCUGUCGAUACUCUUUUUAGCAAAAAUUCAUGCGAAGAUUAUGUAGACGCGUCCGUCAAACAAGCCCUACAAAUCCAUCUGCAACCGACGAUCGGAGAUAUAUUAAUCUUCAUGCCUGGUCAGGAAGACAUUGAAGUGACCUGUGAAGUGCUUGCAGAAAGACUCGGCGAAAUCGAUAACGCACCUCAACUUUCCAUUUUGCCCAUCUACUCGCAGUUACCAUCUGAUUUGCAGGCGAAAAUUUUUCAAAAAUCUGCUGAAGGAUUACGAAAAUGUGUCGUCGCUACAAACAUUGCUGAGACAUCGUUGACAGUAGAUGGGAUUAUUUAUGUAAUCGAUUCUGGUUAUUGUAAGCUUAAAGUUUACAAUCCUCGUAUCGGUAUGGAUGCGCUGCAAAUCUAUCCAAUAUCACAAGCCAAUGCAAAUCAACGUUCGGGAAGAGCUGGACGAACUGGUCCAGGCCAAGCAUUUCGCUUGUAUACGGAGCGGCAGUAUAAGGACGAACUAUUGGCACUGACGGUUCCAGAAAUUCAAAGAACCAAUUUGGCCAAUACAGUUCUGUUACUGAAAUCGCUAGGCGUUGUAGAUUUACUGCAGUUCCAUUUUAUGGAUCCUCCACCACAGGACAAUAUCCUCAAUUCACUGUAUCAACUGUGGAUUCUAGGAGCUUUGGAUCAUACGGGCGCGUUGACUCCACUUGGCAGACAGAUGGCGGAAUUUCCAUUAGAUCCUCCACAGUGUCAAAUGCUCAUUGUUUCGUGUAAAAUGGAAUGUUCUGCUGAAGUGCUAAUUAUCGUUUCGAUGUUGUCCGUGCCAUCAAUUUUUUAUCGACCGAAAGGGCGGGAAGAGGAAGCCGAUGGUGUUCGGGAGAAGUUUCAAGUACCUGAAUCGGAUCAUUUGACCUACCUCAACGUUUAUCUGCAAUGGAAGCAGAACAGUUAUUCUUCCAAUUGGUGCAACGAGCAUUUCAUCCAUAUCAAAGCAAUGAGAAAAGUACGAGAAGUUCGCCAGCAAUUAAAAGAUAUUUUAGUCCAACAGAAAUUAUCUGUCAUAUCAUGCGGCACUGAUUGGGACAUUGUUAGAAAGUGUAUCUGUUCAGCUUAUUUCUACCAAGCUGCACGUCUGAAGGGCAUCGGUGAAUACGUCAAUUUGCGAACCGGAAUGCCAUGUCAUUUACAUCCCACUUCAGCGUUGUACGGACUCGGUACCACACCGGACUACGUUGUCUACCACGAACUUAUUAUGACCGCUAAGGAAUACAUGCAGUGCGCAACAUCUGUAGAUGGAUACUGGCUCGCUGAAUUGGGUCCCAUGUUUUUCUCUGUUAAAGAAACCGGCCGCAGUGGAAAGGAGAAGAAGAAGCAAGCUGCUGAACAUCUACAAGAGAUGGAGGAACAGAUGCAGCAGGCUCAACAACAAAUGGAAGUGGACAAAAUACAGGCGGCUCAACGUGAGGAAGCACUUAUUCCUAAGCAGGAGAUUCUGACACCCGGUGGUGCUACACCGAGGCGAACGCCGUCAAGAAUAGGGCUUUAAUUUUAUAGAUUUUUUUUUGAUUAUAUUCCCUGUAAUUACAACCAUUGUUCGACAUGUUGUUUAUUAAUGAAGUGCUAAACAGUGA